CCAUGCAAUUCCAGCACUGGAAGCAAGAGCAGUAGAAGCACCCUGUCAGAGAGAGUGAUAAUACCAUGUCGAAGACGGAUAUAAUAGUAGCGAUUGAUAUUGGGAGCAGCAGUGUUCGCUGCUCUGCCUACAAGUUUGUUGAGGGAGAACGAGGCGACAAUGAGGAUCCGACGUUGUGCCAAGCAAUGGCCGGCUGCCGAACUUCCCGAUCCGUUCGGUCCGUGCAACCCAACACGGGAAAGAUCGAGGUGGGAGGGCACUCUCAAGAUGAUACCACCAGUCUGAUGGAUAAUCUGGACGAAUGCAUGGAUGAGUUGUUGCAAAUUUUGCGGAAAAAGGAUACCUUUCAAGUGGUGGCCAUUGGCUUUUCCUGCUUUGUAAUGAAUUUGGUGGGCGUUGAUGAUCGAGGUACUAUUGUGGGAGAUGCAGCCUCCAUCAGCUAUGCCUGCAAUGCACCAGAAGUUGCCAAGCAGUGCAAAAAUCUGAGAAUAAAAUUGAGUGAGGAAUCCAUAAAUCAAAUGUACCACGCCACCGGGGCGCCCAUCCAUAGUGCUUAUGCUCUUCCUCAGCUAUUGGAUAUCUAUGACACCAACAAUCCGCAAUACCAAUCCGUUCGAGCAUCCGUGCACAAAUGGCAAACCAUCCCCAGCAUCUGCUUGAGUCGCUGGGCAGGUGCGACAGUCUCUCCUAUAUCCUAUUCCGAAGCCAGUUGGACAGGAUUGCUCAACUUUCGAACUUGUCAGUAUGAACCAUCUGUGGUAGACCUAUUGCCGGAAUCCUGCCGGCAGUCGUUGCCGGAUUUGGCAGAUUUCUCGGACUUGACAAGCUACCCUUCCCUAGGGCGGGGCAUACAACAACAAAAGAGCUCCACAGGAAAUAGUAACCCGUACUGGGGUCGAUGGCCGGAAUUGAGAGGACCAACGGUAGAAACUAGGGGAUGCCGGCUAUUCUUGGGUUUGGGAGACGGAGCUUGUGCCAACAUUGGCAGCAAGUGCUCCACGGCAUCGCGAAUUGCUGUGACGAUCGGGACAUCCGCAGCAUCUCGGGUCUGUCUCCCUCUCCCUGUUACGACUGGAAGCAGUGAAUCAAAGGAUUCGAUCAAUGUUCCCAAGGGACUUUUCUGCUAUCGCAUCAAUCGGGAUCACGUUCUCCUCGGUGGAGCAUUGACGGAUGGUGGAAGCGUGGUCGAAUGGAUUUCCAACCUUUUGAAUCUCAAUGCAACAUCAGGAGCUUUUGAAGAGUGCAUGGCCCAGGUCAAGACACUCUUGGAAGAAGACUACAACUGUUAUGCACAACAAUCUUCCACAAAGCAAUCACUCACGGUGAUUCCCUUUCUCAGCGGCGAAAGAAGCACGGGGUAUCGUGUCGGUGCCACAGGGGCCAUUCUUGGUUUGACACGGGAGACAACACCAUCUCACCUGCUCAAAUCCAGUCUGGAAGGCGUGACACUACGCCUGAAUGCUGUUCUUGGUUUGAUCCGCAGUACAAUGACGAGCAGUCAGGAGCAACCUUGCGUGAUUGCGAGUGGCAAAGCAUUGGAGGUCAAUUCAUUGUGGAGACAGCUGAUUGCCGAUUGCAGUGGCAUGAAUGUGAUCAUGGACGGUGAUACAGAAGAAGGAACGAGUCGAGGAGUCGCCCUUGCGGUUGCCGUCGCCUUGGGAGAGAAGUCCUCGUUCAAAGACGAACCGCUUCACGUUCUGCACGAAUCUAGUCCAGAUCCAUCCGCCAAAGAUUACUGGGCACAUGCCACACAAUCUCAGGAAACGUUUCUUGAUACUAUCUCGCCGCUCUUUGUGUCGAGCAAAGAUUGACUGGCCUGGUGCAUCACACUCGCCAGCUACAAAUGAAUACUGAUCUAGCUAGUGAUACCGUAUCGAAUUGUAACCAGGAGCUCGGGAUUGUGAUUGUUUACUUGGUGUGGUGUCUGACGAUGAGGAGCUUGUGGAUGGGUACAUACGUGUACAUGAUUUCGCUAUUUCUUACUUUGUCGUAUCGAAAUAAAAGUGAUAACAUGGUGUCUAUAUGGUUU